AUGGGGUCUGUCACCGGAGCCGCCCUCCGGUUGCUCCUUGUGUUGUGGACUCAGAACUGGGACAGAGCAGAGGCUGGGAAUUCGUAUGACUGCGACGAGCCCCUGGCCUCCGCCCUGCCCCCGGCCGCCUUCAGCAGCUCCUCCGAGCUCUCCAGCAGCCACGGGCCCGGCUUCGCCCGGCUGAACCGCAGGGACGGAGCCGGCGGCUGGUCUCCCCUGGUGUCCAAUAAAUACCAGUGGUUGCAGAUUGACCUUGGAGAGAGAAUGGAGGUCACCUCUGUGGCCACCCAAGGCGGUUAUGGGAGCUCCAACUGGGUGACCAGCUAUCUUCUGAUGUUCAGCGACAGCGGCCGGAACUGGAAACAGUACCGACAGGAAGACAGCAUCUGGGGAUUUUCAGGAAAUGCAAAUGCGGACAGCGUUGUGUACUCCAGGCUGCAGCCUUCUGUGAAAGCCAGGUUUCUGCGCUUCCUUCCUCUUGAGUGGAACCCCAAGGGCAGAAUCGGGAUGCGGAUUGAGGCGUUUGGAUGUGCCUACCGAUCAGAGGUGGUUGAUCUUGAUGGAAAAAGUUUCCUCCUCUACAGAUUCAAUCAAAACCCACUGAGUCCAGUGAAAGAUAGCAUUUCUUUGAAAUUUAAAACCAUGCAGAGCGAUGGGGUUCUGCUCCACCAAGCGGGCCCGAGUGGCGAUUCCAUCACACUGGAGCUAAGAGGAGGAAGACUGUUUUUACUUAUCAAUUCAGGUGACGCUAGAGCGCCCUCCCCUCGCUCUCCGGCCAGUCUCAGCCUGGGCAGCCUGCUGGAUGACCAGCACUGGCAUUCUGUGCUUAUCCAGCGUGCUGGCAAACAGGUCAACUUCACAGUGGACGAACACAAGAGUCGUUUCCACGCACAGGGAGAACUCUAUUACCUGGAUCUUGAUUAUGAGAUCAGCUUCGGAGGGAUUCCAGCACCUGCAAAAUCUGUGUCAUUCCCGCAUAAAAAUUUUCACGGAUGUUUAGAGAAUCUCUAUUAUAACGACAUGGAUAUCAUUGAUUUGGCCAAGCAACAAAACCCCCAAAUCAUCAUUAUGGGAAAUGUGUCAUUCAUCUGUUCACAGCCACAGUCGGUGCCUCUGACUUUCCUGAGCUCUAGGAGCUACUUAAUAUUGCCGGUCUCUUCCGGAGAGGAAGGAAUUUCAGCCAGUUUUCAAUUUCGCACGUGGAAUGCAGCUGGACUUUUGCUGUUCAGUGAACUUCAAGUGGUUUCUGGGAGUCUCCUCCUCUUGCUCAGUGAUGGACAACUGAAGUUGAACCUCCACCAGCCAGGAAAAUUACCCAGUGACAUCACAGCAGGUGCUGGAUUGAAUGACGGGCAGUGGCAUUCCGUCUCCGUGUCCGCUAAGAGGAGUCACCUGAGCCUGGUGGUGGACGGCCAUUCGACCCCUGCGUCCCCUUCGCUGGGCCCUGAGCAGAUUUACUCAGCGGGCACCUAUUAUUUUGGAGGUUGCCCUGAUGAAAGCUCUGGAUCCCGAUGCCGAACCCCACUUGCUGGGUUUCAGGGGUGCAUGCGGCUCAUCUCCAUCAACGACAGGGAGGUGGAUCUGAUCGCAGUGCAGCGGGGGGCCCUGGGGAACUUCAGCGACCUCCAGGUGGACUCCUGCGGGAUCUCGGAUAGGUGCUUGCCCAACUACUGCGAGCACGGGGGCAAAUGCUCUCAGUCCUGGAACACCUUCCACUGCAAUUGCACCGACACAGGCUACACAGGAGCCACCUGCCACAGCUCUAUCUAUGAGCAGUCAUGUGAAGCCUAUAAGCAUAGAGGAAACACUUCCGGCUUUUACUACGUAGAUGCUGAUGGAAGUGGUCCUCUAAGGCCAUUUCUCCUCUACUGCAAUAUGACUGAGACCACGUGGAGCGUCCUGCAGCACAACGGCUCCUCCGAGCUGACCCGCGUCCGGGGCGCGCCCGCCCCGAGCCCGCACGCCGGCCGCUUCCAGUACCGGGCGAGCGCCCAGCAGCUCCGGGCCGCCAUCGCCCGCGCCGAGCACUGCCAGCAGGAGCUGGCCUACUACUGCAAGCGCUCGCGGCUCGUCGACCAGCAAGAUGGAAGUCCUCUGAGCUGGUGGAUUGGAAUGACCAACGAAACCCAGACUUACUGGGGAGGUUCCCAACCGGAGCCCCGGAAAUGUACUUGUGGCUUGGAAGGGAACUGUAUUGAUGCCCAUUACCAUUGUAACUGCGACGCGGACCGCAAUGAAUGGACCAAUGAUACUGGAUUCCUUUCUUAUAAAGAACACCUACCAGUAACAGAGAUUGUGAUUACAGACACCGGCCGGCCUCAUUCAGAAGCAGCUUAUAAACUGGGGCCUCUGCUCUGCAGGGGAGACAGAUCAUUUUGGAAUUCAGCUUCCUUCAAUACUGAAGCUUCAUACCUUCAUUUUCCAACUUUCCAUGGAGAAAUUAGUGCUGAUGUGUCUUUCUUUUUUAAGACAACAGCUCUAUCUGGAGUAUUUUUAGAGAACCUGGGAAUUACUGAUUUCAUACGGAUAGAGCUACGCUCUCCGACCACAGUGACCUUUUCGUUUGAUGUGGGAAAUGGGCCCUUUGAGAUCUCGGUGCAGUCACCCACCCGCUUCAAUGACAACCAGUGGCACCACGUCCGAGUUGGCAGGAACAUGAAGGAGGCAUCCAUCGAGGUGGACCAGCUCUUGCCAAAGACACAACCAGCUCCAGCCGAUGGCCACGUUCUCCUGCAGCUCAACAGCCAACUCUUCGUGGGUGGGACGGCCACCAGACAGAGAGGCUUUCUGGGCUGCAUCCGGUCUCUGCAGCUGAACGGGGUAACCUUGGAUUUGGAAGAAAGAGCCACGGUGACGCCCGGCGUGCAGCCAGGUUGUCCCGGACAUUGUGGCAGCUAUGGGAAGCUGUGUCGCCACGGAGGGAAGUGCAGAGAAAAGCCCAGUGGGUUCUUCUGUGACUGCUCGGCCUCGGCAUACACGGGGCCGUUCUGCUCCCACGAGAUUUCUGCCUAUUUUGGAACUGGCUCAUCUGUGAUUUACAAUUUUCAAGAAAAUUAUUCCUUAAGUAAAAACUCCAGCUCUCAUGCUGCUUCCUUUCAUGGAGAUAGGAAGCUGAGCAGGGAGAUGAUCGAAUUUAGCUUCCGCACCACACGCGCCCCAAGCCUGCUGCUUUAUAUGAGUUCCUUUUACAAAGAAUACCUUUCGAUCAUCAUUGCCAAAAAUGGAAGUUUGCAAAUAAGGUACAAGCUGAAUAAGUAUCAAGAACCUGAUGUUGUUAACUUUGACUUGAAACCCAUGGCCGACGGACAGCUUCACCAUGUGAAGAUCAACAGAGAAGAGGAUAUGCUUUUUGUAGAGAUCGACGAGAGCACGAGACGACACGUCCGCCUGUCAUCAGGCACAGAAUUCAGUGCAGUGAAGUCUCUGGUAUUGGGCAGGAUUUUAGAGCACAGUGGAGUAGACCAGGACACGGCACUGGCUGCAGCCCAGGGCUUCACGGGCUGCCUCUCGGCGGUGCAGUUCAGCCACGUGGCUCCUCUGAAGGCCGCCCUGCACCCCAGCCACCCCACCCCGGUCACCAUCACAGGACAUGUGACAGAGUCCAGCUGUGUGGCCCAGGCUGGCACUGAUGCCACGUCAAGGGAAAGAACGCACUCAUUUACAGAUCAUUCUGGAACUCUGGAUGACAGAGAACCUCUCACCAAUGCCAUCAAAAGUGACUCUGCGGUCAUUGGAGGUUUGAUAGCUGUCGUGAUCUUUAUCUUGCUCUGCAUCACUGCUAUAGCCAUUCGGAUUUAUCAGCAGAAAAGGUUAUACAAAAGAAAUGAGACAAAAAGGUCAGAGAAUGUAGACCAUGCCCAGGCUGUUUUGAAAAGCGAGCUUAAUAUACAAAAUACAGUCAAUGAGAAUCAGAAAGAGUACUUCUUCUGAUUGACAGCUCGUAUUCCAGGGCUAAGGAAGACGGUUGGUUUUGAUAGCCAGGGGCUCUCAAUGGACGAGGACUGCUCUUACAUGGAACGUUCUGGCAAUGGAUUUUUCACCCCAUGUCCAGGCUUGGGAUGGCUCCAGGAGUCCUCAUCCAGUGACAGACUUCCCAGCAAUCAUUCGAUGUCACCGCGGAACUAGAGACUGUUCUUCAUUUACAACUCUGAUCUCUAAGAAGGUUCACUGAAUGCCUGCCCUGAAAACUGUAGCCUUGGUCUCCACGGCAUUAAACCUAAAUGUCGUUAGAGGUAAGAAAUCAAAGUUGGACUAGAAUGACCUGGCUUUCUUUGAGAACAUACUCUGUGUUUGCUUUAGUCUUCUCAUGGUGUUGUUCAUAGACCUGGAAAUGCUUGUAAGAUCCUGUUUGGCUGGUGUUUGCAUCCUCAAUGGCCAAGAGUAUAUAAAGCCCCUUUUGCCUUUUUCUGUAUUCAUUCAAUACACCAAUCAUCUGGGGAAAAAUGUUUUGCUGUCUUUGGCUUGUGUGUAUCGCUCUUUCUCUAUUUGACUCUUCCUAAUGAUUUUGAACAUGUUUGGUUUUGAGUAUCUGGCUUUGACUCUGAACAUGCGAUUUGUAUGUACACAAAACAAA